AGAGAGCUGACAUACAACUCAUAUUGAAUAAUUUAUCCCUAUCACAUAUGACAUUGUAUACCGAAUAACUAGACAAAUUCAAUAUAGUUCUGGUUAGUAAAUACUGUUUGCUAAGUAGUAAUAACUAUUGGUCAGCAAUUAGAUUUUGAAGCGUAAUUAUGUGGUUUAAAGGACUCAUUGUAUGUUAUUAUUAUUUGUUCACGGUUAAUGUUGCGUGCAGUAAUUUUAAAAUUUACGAUUCAUCACCAACAAACCCAUCAACACGUCUUACUAAUCAUGCGAGAGAACUAGUUGACAUGUGUUUUACAAAUAAUUCGAAUUCUGUGAUUAUAACUGAUGAUUUGUAUCGUAACGGCUAUAAAGAUGAGUAUCCGUCUGACGAAAAUGAUAAAAUUUCGUCAGUGAUUAUAAUUACCAGCGAUUUCGAGCCGAGUAAGAUCACAGGGUUAAUACGUUCUUACCCAACGUAUGUCUUACCAUUCGAAUCAAUUGAAAACCUGGAAACACUCAUUGAGAAGUUCAGAUCAUCGACAAUCUGGAGUGUAACAUCGAAAUUUUUAAUCCUCGAUACGACAAAAGAGCCACGUUGUGCAAAUGCUGGAAAAAUACUAGGAUUCUUGUGGAAAAUAGAUUUAUUAUUUUCGUAUUACAUGUGCUAUGAUACUGAUGAAGAUUCGACAUUCAUUUAUACUCUAAACCCAUUCACGAAGUACGCGCCACCACCGUGGGUCCAAGUAGAAGCAACUGACGAAUUUCGCGAUGAGGAAAAUAAAAAAUUAACACUAUACAGUCUACAAUAUUCUGAAGAUGCAGAGGUAUGUGAAAAUAUAACCUUUGACAAGGCAAAAUACCUGGAUGGUCAUAAAAUAAAAUCCUCAACCUUUCCUAGUUGGCCCCAUAAUACUAACGAAAAGAUAAUGAAACAGAAGGAAAAAUUAUACCUCGAGAAGUCAAUGAAAAGUAAAUAUAUCAAUUUGUAUACUUCGUCUGCGUAUAUUAAUGCUACACUGACAAUAGAUUUUAUUACGACGAGUAAUCUAAAAGAAUCAAUUAAAAAAGGUUACAUCACGGAAUUAGCUAAUAACAAGUAUGAUGUUUAUAACAAUUUACUUCAGUUAGCAGAUGUUAAUUAUAAGUAUACAGAUAUCAUAACAAGAUACAGCGAAGCUAAAUAUUCCAUACUAACUAAAAAGACAAAUUAUUUAACAGCAAUGAGUGAACUAACUUUCAAUCUUCAGUUACUUGCACUUACAGUUGUUGUAUUGGUAUUAAUAAUAUUGGUAAUAGUAAUUAAUAACAGAUUUAAUAUAAGUGGAGCUAUUUUGGAUGUGGUGAGAUUGUCCGCGGGCAUGGGGAUUAUGACGCCUUUGGACCAGUUAUCGAUGAGGAUUAUUUACUUUGUUGGUUUCUUAUUCAUAUUCCUAGUAAUGCCCGAAGUUCAAGGACAUAUAUUCGCAAUAUUAUCGAAUCCUACUUCGCCUCGCAACAUGGAAACGUUAGCUGAUUUAUACAAUAAUAAGUACCAUGUUUAUUACGAUAGAAAAUUACACAAUGAUGUUGUUAAUGAAAAAUUGUGGGUUACUAAUGAAGAUCAAAAAUAUUUAUGCCCUUCGGAUCAGUCUUAUGCAAGAAACUGUUCACUUCUAGCACAAAAAAAUUCAACUACAGCGUGCAUCUUCUUUACAAGUAAACAAAUAAAAUAUGCUUUGAAAUCAAAGAAUUUACAUGUUUCGAAAGAGGCAGUAUUUAAAAAAUAUUUUGUUUUUUGGACAAGAAAGCAUUGGGCUUUAAAAGCUAAAUUGGAUAAAGCAGGUUUGAAGCCUAGGGAAAUGGGUUUAUUGAACUAUUUUGAAGAUAAAUGGAUAAAUGAUGGAUCGAAAAAAUUCAAAAGGAAAAACAAAAUUGAAGAAAAUAAACGCUAUGACCAGAUCGAUUUGGAAAAUUGGAUAUUCUAUUUUAUUUUAAUGAGUAUGACUUUACUCUGGAGUUUAUUUAUUUUUGGAAUUGAAAUACUCUUGCAUAAGUAUUAUGGAUUCUACCAACAGUUUCAAAUGCUGAAAAAAUUUGGAAGGAAAAAAAGGUCACUGAGAUCGUUGCCGAGGACAGUCUUUUUUUUCUGGGCGAAUGGUUCUUCUCUACAGCCGCAAGUUAUUUUGAAAUCAUUGAGUGUUAACCCAAAUGAACAUUUUGAACUCAGUUAAUUAUUUAUAAAACAUAUUGUUCCAAUUGUAUUCGCACCGCACACUGUAACACAACUG